UUCUAUAAAAAAAAUCAGCGGUAGCAAAAUGAACUCGGAAAAAGAGCUAAUUGACGCGAUAAAAGAUCUUUUGAAGAAAAACGGCCACUUGAAUAAAUUACAAGCAGAGAUGCGGGCAAAAGUAACAGAAGUUUUGCAAGAAAGACAAGUUUUGAACUCCGGUGACAGGAGGUCCGCACCGCCUCCCACCGAAGAGGUACUGCUGGUCAACGAGUUAGUAAGAGAGUAUUUGGAAUGGAACGGGUACUUGUAUACUGCGUCGGUUAUGGCAUCUGAAGCAGCGAUGCCUAAUGAGAAAAAAACAAGAUCGCAACUGUGCUCUGAGGUUGGAGUACGAGACGAUGAGAAGUCUUCAGCUCUGCCGCUACUUUCGAACAUCGUCGCGGCUUAUACGGAACGGAUUAAACGUAAAAUUAAUAAAUGUAAAAAG